UUGCAGCCCCCGUUAAAAGCUGGGGGUAAUCCGUUGUUUUUUUUUUUUUUUUUUUUUUUUUUUCUUAAUUAAUUUCCGUCGGCUCGCGCCGCAGCGGCGGCAUCAUGGGGCUGCCGGCGCUGGAGUUCAGCGAGUGCUGCCUGGACAGCCCGCAGUUCCGGGAGCGGCUCCGCUCGCACGAGGCCGAGCUGGAGAAGACCAACAAGUUCAUCAAGGAGCUCAUCAAGGACGCCAAGUCGCUCGUCGCCGCCCUCAAGAAUCUGUCGUCAGCCAAGCGCAAGUUCGCCGACUCCCUCAACGAGUUUAAAUUCCGCUGCAUCGGCGACGCUGAGACGGACGACGAGAUCUGCAUAGCCAAGUCCCUGCAGGAGUUCGCCACGGUGCUGCGGAACCUGGAGGACGAGCGGAUGCGCAUGAUCGAGAACGCCAGCGAGGUGCUGAUCACGCCGCUGGAGAAGUUUCGCAAGGAGCAGAUUGGCGCCGCUAAGGACGCCAAAAAGAAAUACGACAAGGAAACUGAGAAGUACUGCGGUGUCCUAGAAAAGCACUUAAACUUGUCUUCCAAGAAGAAGGAAUCCCAGCUUCAGGAGGCAGACAGCCAGGUGGACCUGGUUCGGCAGCAUUUUUACGAAGUCUCCCUGGAGUACGUCUUCAAGGUGCAGGAGGUCCAGGAGAGGAAGAUGUUUGAGUUCGUGGAACCCCUGCUGGCCUUCCUGCAGGGGCUUUUUACCUUCUACCACCAUGGCUACGAGCUUGCGAAGGAUUUCAGUGAUUUCAAGACGGAGCUGACCAUCAGCAUCCAGAACACAAGAAAUCGUUUUGAAGGAACAAGGUCAGAGGUUGAAUCGCUGAUGAAGAAGAUGAAGGAGAAUCCUCACGAGCACAAAAACCUCAGCCCUAACACGAUGGAGGGUUAUCUCUACGUCCAGGAGAAACGUCACUUCAGUACGGCCUGGGUGAAGCAUUACUGCACAUACGAGCGGGAAUCCAAGCGGAUAAUGAUGGUGCCAUUCGACCAGAAAUCUGGAGGAAAAGCGGGAGAAGACGAAGCUGUUACCCUCAAAUCUUGCACACGGCGGAAAACCGACUCAAUCGAGAAGAGAUUUUGCUUUGAUGUGGAAGCCGUCGACCGGCCUGGCGUGAUCACCAUGCAGGCACUUUCGGAAGAGGACCGAAGGCUUUGGAUGGAGGCAAUGGAUGGCCGGGAGCCGGUCUACAACUCGAACAAGGACAACCAAAGCGAAGGCACCGCCCAGUUGGAUAAUAUCGGCUUCAGCAUUAUCAAGAAAUGCAUACAUGCUGUUGAAACAAGAGGGAUCAACGAGCAAGGGCUCUACCGAAUCGUUGGAGUAAACUCUAGAGUUCAAAAGCUGUUGAGCAUAUUAAUGGAUCCAAAAACAGCCACUGAAACAGAAACCGAGAUCUGUGCAGAAUGGGAGAUAAAGACCAUUACUAGUGCACUGAAAACUUACCUGAGAAUGCUUCCGGGGCCACUCAUGAUGUACCAGUUUCAAAGAAGCUUCAUCAAAGCAGCAAAACUGGAGAAUCAGGAAUCCAGGGUGUCAGAGAUCCACAGCCUUGUUCAUCGGCUCCCGGAGAAAAACAGGCAGAUGCUGCACUUGCUCAUGAACCACUUGGCAAAAGUUGCAAAUAACCACAAGCAGAACCUGAUGACUGUUGCUAAUCUGGGUGUGGUGUUUGGGCCAACUCUGCUUCGACCCCAAGAGGAAACAGUCGCUGCCAUUAUGGACAUCAAGUUUCAGAACAUUGUGAUUGAAAUUCUAAUAGAAAACCAUGAGAAGAUAUUUAACACUGUGCCGGAGACCCCGCCGUCGAACUCACAGCUGCUGCUAUCUCGCAAGAAGAGCACGGACUCGAAGCCUCCCUCGUGCAGCGAGCGGCCCCUGACCCUCUUCCACACGGCGCAGCCCAACGAGAAGCAGGAGAAUAGGAACAGUAUCAUCAACUCCAGCCUGGAAUCCGUCGUAUCCUCAAAUGCAAACAGCUUCCUCAACUCCAACAGCUCUCCCCAGCCCAACCUGAACUCAAGUGAUCUUGAACUAGAAGUAAUUAAACCCAACAGGCCAAAUUCACUGGAGAGCCCCUCACAAAGUCCUCAAGAAUAAUAAGAAGGGAAAAAACAGGUCCAGAUGACAUUUGCUUUCGGCAGACAACAGGCAGCAGCCAACAUUUCCAAAAAGUCCAUCACCACCUCUGCUAUUCCCAUGAGAAACAGAAAGGAAAUUGGACCCUACACGAAAACUGUUCUCCAAAUACAGAGGCCUCAUUAGUCUGAUCACUCAAAUGCGCCUACUUCUCCAACAAAACAGGACUUGGGCCUUGCAAUCACGUAACUCAGCAAGGUGAUACUUGAGCAGUAUCUUUGAAAAUAAGUGCUGGUGUUUGACUGGAAGGAGAUAAGCCCUUGGCGCUCAUCACAGACACGAGGUCUGUAGGCGCUUGGGAGGGCCAGCUCAGGUGGGAUCCUGAGAAGUCCAUUUGUUCUUCUUGAGGCAACGCACUGGAAAGACUUGCAGAGGAGGAUGACGAGGUGAGCAGAGGUGGCUCAGUCAUCAUAGGACCAUCUCUUCUGUGAGUAACUUGAUUGAAACGGGAUCAUCUUAAUACUUAAAGACCAGCAUGAUGUCAUUAUUUAAUGUAUCUCUCAGUUGUUUUGGUGGGCAUGGAGAGUGUUUUCUUUGCCACCCAGAACCCAAAGCUACCAAAAUCCUGCUGCAAAUUAUUGGUAGCUUCUUAGAUAAAGGCUGGCUUGAGAGCCAGGUUCUUGCUGCAACACUUCUUACUGCAACACUGCAGAAGUAAUUCUCUUCUCUGAGAAUCAUUUGAUUGCACUAUGCACCGUAAUCAUAGUAGACUGAGCAGUUGGUGAGGCUGUGAUAGAGCUGACUUUUACAGUUAGCAAGAGCUGCAUUCUUUUAAAAUGAUUUCAUCUCAAAACACGUGUUGGGAAUUUGUGGUCCCGGUGUGCCGUGCAGUUGGAUGGGUGCUCUUCCAGACGUGCAGCGAGGAGGAGCGGGGGCUGGUGGUGGAGGCUGACCGGCUAGGCAGUACACGGCCCCACUGCACUCAGCGAGAUGUCCUCUUGCACCCGGAACCCUCUGCCCAUAGAGCAGGGCUGCCUGCUGGUGUCGGUGGCCGACAGGGGCAUAAGCCUGGCCGUGUAUCGGUCACCGUGUCACCACCCCACUCCAGGGCACCUCCCGACCAUGGGCAAAGCGCCUCUUUGGAAAAGGCUACGCUGUGCGUUUGCUUGUUCUGUCUUGCCCUGCCUGGGGCUUUUGUGGUCCCUUGGGGACGUCUGCCUGCCGGGUUUGUCGCCGGCAAGAAGAGGAGCUGGUGUCUGGAGGCGUCCAAGGUGUCUUAGGACUCAUCCUGCUCUGAAGAUGGAACCUCGCUGAAGCAGGGGCUGGGGGCCAAGAGGUCUGUGUCCCAGUGUAAUGCUCCUUGAGAUGGGUAAGUCCAUGUAUGGAGCAGGUCACGGGCACCUCUAAAGAGCUCUUUGGGAUCACCAGGAUGGAGAAGGCUGCGUGAAUGGCGAGUAGCCGUGGUGCGAUGAAGGGCACAGCUGGCAGACCCUCUGCUUCCAGGUGCUAAACCUACACAUCCUCGUUCCGUUUGCACUGCAGACGUGCACCAUCUCGGAGGCUUGCACAGUAGCUUGGCUGUGUAGAGCCAGCAGCCAUUGUGUGCAGGUGUUACAACCAACGGACUUUGGCUUCCAAAAUACCAGCUCCUCGUGCAAUACGAAUAGUGAAGGAGAAGUUCUAGUUCCUGAUGCCCAGAGGAGCGCACCCUCCAUGUCUUCAAAUGGAUCUAACAUGCUCUCUCCAUUAGAGGGCAGAAGCAUGCUUAUGCACAGAUAAAAUAAAACAAAAUUAGGUGCCCUAUGUGCUACAUAACUUGUUGUGUUAAGGACAGGUAGGACAUCAUCACAGAUCGCCAGACAACUACGCCUGCUGGAAAGAAAAAGAAGCAGGAAGAACUGGUGCUUCAAGGGUUAAUUUCUGCGGUUUGGGAUAACUCGGUGGUCUUUGUAGCACCUCCUUCUGUUAAAAGUUGGAAAUAGGCUUCCUAUAUGGUAAACACAAAUGUCUAGCAGAUUUGUUAAAGAUUAACUAAUGCAGGUAAUUACCUAUUUUUCAAAAGACUGACAAUUUUGAUAGAAAAAUACAAAAAGAUUGCUUUUGACUACCGAUAAUUAUGAGGAGGAUGUUGAUUAGAUCUGAGGAGCGGGGUGAACACUAAAUAUGAGGUGAAUUAUUUGAGUACUCCUGUUAGUAUUCUGCCUAUUGUAUUACAAGCCUCUGUGAAAGUUGUGAUGCACUGCUGUAUUUCUAUACACAUGUAAUCCUCUGAAGUAAUAAAGGAAUUGCCUGUAAUUACACGGGGAAAUUGUUGCUUUCUGUUCAAUUCGGUGACACAGCUUCUGCAAGCAGUAGAGAAGCCAAGAGUUUGCCCUUAACCAGAUACGGACUGCAGGGGAGUUCAGGCCAAAAAUGUAACCUUCUUUAGUGUCCUCUUGGUGCCAGUUGUGGUGGGGAUAUUUAUGACACGGCCACUUUCUCCGUAGGAAUUGGGCCAAACCGACAGAGUUGUCCCUUCAGGUCCGAGUAGGCCCGGAGAGCCCGCCAGGCGCUGGAGCGGUGACCUUCUGCUGUUGGGAUCUAAAAGUUACUGAACGAUUAUGGGCUAACCCAUAACCCGUUUUACGGAGACUUCAUCUUUUUAUUAAAGGUUUGGAGGCGCCUGGGAGCCCCCUGGGUGGCCUCAGCACGGCUCAUCCCUCCCGGGGAUGGGAAUGGGGACAGGGACGGCCUGGCCUGGGGGCUUCAGGGCCGCACCCUGUCCCUGCCUCAUCACAGACCUGCGUGACCAGGGGUGCCACCCCUCUCUGAGCAAGAAGGCAUAAAUCAUGAUUGCUUUUACAAAACUUCUUGUUUUUACAGGGGCAUUUGCAGUGCUGAGAAUUUUUUCUGGUGUUUUUUAUCAGGGACAAAGUUUACGAUCUGAAUUAGAUGGAGAAUACAGAUGGGUUGAUAAACAUACAAACAGUAGAAGAUGAAUCAGACUCAAACUAGUGUUUUAGUGCAAUAAUUGCUUUUCAAUGAACCUCAGAAUGACCUAAAUAUAACAGUUUUGCAGGAAACAGACUUUUCUCACUUGACUUCUGCAUGCAAUUGCUAAUUCAGUAACUUGAUUUCACUUCAGUUGACAGCAAUAACUUAAAGGAAAAGUGAAGAAUCUAGAGCUAAUAGUCAAGAGCAGUUUGGAUGAGGGGAAGAGAGUUCCUCGAUGUAAAACACAAAAACAAAGCAAUUAAACCUUUACAGUGCUGCGAUUUCAUAAGCACCGCAGGAGCACUGAAGCGUCGGUCACCUCGACGUGAGCCGGUUACGUGGCCGCAGAAGUAGCUGGCUCGCACCGGGGUCCUGGCGCUCCCCGUGAUGGGCACACCCCGGAGCGCUCAGCGGGUCCAGCACAGGCACAGCCCCUGCAGCCAGCGCCCUGUGGCUGUUUUCUCUCGCCUCUUCCUGCUGGGAGAAAGCAGGUUAUCCUUGCCUCAGCUUUGCUUGUCGCCGAGGUGGUAUGCGGCUGGCAGCCGCUGGGACCCCCUCAGGCGUGCAAACAGGCAGCGGUGCUUGGCACUGCAGGUGGUGGCCCAGAGAAAAGCCUUCUAGAGCCAGACAUGGCAGCAACCAAAAUAAAAAUGGAGCAUGGAGGCUGCUCGCAGGCCUCGUUCAGGUAUGGAAACGCGGUCAGCCAUUUCUGGCAGCAGUGGGGAAACAAACCAAAGCAGGUAAGGUGCUGGGAAGGCAGCAGUGGCGAGCAGCCCGACGGCCCUCCACACACGAGGUGUCGGGCUCGCCUGGAUGUGGUGAUGGAGAGGGGUUAACUGAAAGAUCCAGCUCUUGUUGUCCAGAGAAAUGCAGAUCUAGCCUUGAAACAUUUCCCAAGGUCUUGGCACUUCAUUUCGUAGCUGUGUCUCAUGCUCUGAAUAUUCCCAAGGCACUCGCUAUCGUCGGAUGUCGUCUGACUGUCUCUCAGUUGCUGUUUGUUUCUGUGGUUGCACGUUGAUAAGGUAUCUGGUUAUG